AUUUUUCCGAGUGUGCUCUUAAUUUUCCCCUCGGAUCCCUCUUUUAUCCGAUCCUAAAUAUAUUUCGCUUAAAUCUCUUUAGCUUCGCCUAGUUCGCGUUCACAAGUGGAAAAAAAUAGGGUACAUAUGGCGCAAUUUAUCGACAACGAUCUCGAUUACAUGUUGCAAUUCGGCGGAAUACUAGGGUUUGAAUUUGAUUACGAUUCAUACGAAGAUGACACUGAUUCAGAGAGGGGAGGUGAGGAUUUGGACUUCAAUGAAGACAAUGAAGUGAAAACCGAAACAUUGGCCUCUGAGGCUCAUAGUGAGAAGGAUAUACAAGGGAUUCCAUGGGAACGAAUGAGGCUUACGAGGAAGGAGUAUCGGGAAAUUAGGUUGAAGCAGUAUAGGAACUACGAGAACCUUUCCAUCCCCCGGGACCAAUUGGAUAAGGAAUGCAAGCAGGUGGAGAAAGGACGUACUUUCUUUGAUUUUCAACAGAACACAAGGCUUGUCAAGUUGUCAAUUGUACAUUUCCAGUUGAGAAACCUUCUUUGGGCAACGUCAAAGCACGAUGUCUACACAGCUCAGAAUUAUUCAGUUAAGCAUUGGUCUUCAAUGCGACGGAACUGCACAGAAGUACUCAAUGUAGCUGGCCAGGUUGUACCGACACAGGAACAUUGUGGUUCUUUAGUACAAUCAGUCUCAAGGGUACAAAUAAGCUCGAUGGCUGUGAGAGAGAACUUAUUAGCAGCUGGUGGUUUUCAAGGGGAGCUUAUUUGUAAGUAUUUGGAUCAACCUGGAGUGGUCUUCUGCACAAAAGUAACUAAUGAUGAGAAUGCCAUUACCAAUUCAGUGGAUAUCUACCAGGACAUAAAGGGCUCCACUCUCCUGAUGGCUGCAAACAAUGAUUGCUCUGUGAGGAUUUUUGAUGCUCAGAACUUCUCCUUGUUAAAUCAGUUUGCAUUCCCAUGGUCUGUUAAUAGUACUUCUGUUAGUCCGGAUAGCAAGCUCCUUGCAGUUGCUGGGGACAGUGUAGAUUGUUUAGUAGCUGAUGCUAAGUCGGGGAAGGCUAUUGGAAAUCUCAAAGGCCACAUGGAUUAUUCAUUUUCAUCAGCUUGGCACCCUGAGGGCCACAUCUUAGCUACUGGGAAUCAAGACAAAACAUGCAGGCUAUGGGAUAUGAGGAAUCUUUCUGAAUCAUUUACCACACUAAAAGGGAGGAUGGGGGCGAUUCGGUGUAUUAAGUUCUCGUCUGAUGGUCGUUUUAUGGCAAUUGCUGAGCCUGCUGAUUUUGUUCACAUAUACGAUGCCAUGACCGAUUACUCCCAAGCUCAGGAGAUUGAUUUGUUUGGUGAGAUAGCCGGGCAAUCUUUUAGCCCGGAUUCAGAGGCUUUCUUUGUAGGUGUAGCCGACCGAACUUACGGAAGUCUAAUAGAGUUCAAUAGGAGGCAUAGCUAUCAGUACUUGGAUUGUUUCCUGUGAUCAAGGGACGACUUUAUUAAUGAAGAAUAAGAGUGUACACAGAUGAAUUAAUUAAGUUCCAUGGAAAAAGUAGAGAGAGUCAGAGAAGUAUCUGUCUUGCUUUAGUUAAUGAUGCAGCAUAAAGAGCUUCCUCCUAGGAGUGAUGUUAUAGAUGAAGUCUAGUUUUGCAUGUUCAUAAUUCAUGUUUGUAUGAAGGAUCUCUGCUUUUAAUGAAGAUCCUUCUCCCCUUAUCUGUCAAUGUGUUUUCCACAGUAUUGUUAUACAAAAUAGUGUGUUUUUCCACAGUAUUGAUAUACAAAAUAGUUAUGUAUUCGCUGAAUUUGGACAAGUAUGUAUAUAACCUAUGCCAUACUAAGAAAAUGAUUGUGUAUAAUAUAUUUAUGGUUCUUUCUCUA